ACGGUGUAUAGUGAAUGCCACGAGGGGACUUGGAAUUCUUGGCACGAAUGGGGAGAGCUGGCAGCAGAUGCUGCUGCGUGUAGCGUUUUCCCUAGUAAGAAAGGGAUCGAAGCGCCGGGACAUUCAGCAAAGAGUCUGACGCGGAAGCAAGCAAACCCUGGGGACGGGGAAAACGACUGCAAAGGCGAGAGGGAGCGCCUGAGUUCCCGCUUUUUAUUUCAAGGGCCCGAAUCCGCCCAGCUCCAGAAAGACUCGGAAUCUCGCCGGCUGGCCACGGUCUCCUCCCUAGUCCAAAAAGUUUCCAGGCAGGGUGACCGACCGCUGGGUCUCUUCCUGCUGCCGCCUCCCCACUCCCUGGGCCGCGGGAGGCUAGUUUGCUUGCUAUGGGCACUGAGUCACAAUCCUCCUCCUUCACGUGAUGUCAUACCCUAUGGGGGAGAGGAUAAAGAGGGCAGACAAAGCUGUCCCCUAGAAGACUCAGGGGUUAGGGUUAGGGGUGGGGGCACCUGAUUUGGUGUCACUAUGAAGUAGGAGGUGAGAGGAGCACCCUCAUCUGGGCCAGGACUCAGGCAGUCUCUGCAGCCUUCUCUCCUCUAUCCCAGCCCCCUUGCUUUGGGGGUGGGAGGGUAGUGUUUUUGUUUUGUUUUUACAUGCAGUGUGGUGGUUUAUAUCCUGCCCCUUGCUUCCCAGCCCUCUCUCUAAACUAGUGGGUUCAGCAUGGUGGCAGCAACACGGCCUCGCGCUGUAUACAGCCUGACAGAUUCGACCCCGGCCCGGACCAUUUGGGUGUACCGGAAUGGUGAUCCCUUCUACUUGGGAAGGAAGUUUGUGAUCAACCAUCGCUAUGUACCCAACUUCGAAGCCUUCAUGAUACAGCUGAAUGAGGGUGUGCAGACACCUUUUGGGGUGCGGAACCUGUACACGCCUCGACAAGGGCAUUCUGUUCUGGAACUGACUGACCUGCAGCAGGGAGGCAGAUAUGUGGUCGCCGGGAGGGAAAGGUUUAGGAAACUAAAUUACUUCAAUAUAGGGGCAAAGAAACCUCAAGGAAGGAAAAGGGAUGAGGCGAUUCGGCCUGUAGUCCAUAGUAAUAUACAAGUCCCUUCCAAAUUUCAGUCAUUCUAUAAUAAGCCACGCAAUAUUCACGUUUUCACAAAUGGAGAUACAUUAAUUCAACCCAUGAAAAUCCUCAUACCCAAGUUUACAAUGAAAAGUUGGAAUGGUGUCCUUGGCCUGAUAAAUGAAAAAGUCUUUCCUCGCUCUGGGGGUAUUCAAAGGUUGUACACUUUAAAUGGUCAUUCUGUACGUGGCCCUAAUGAAUUAGAAGAUAACCAAUAUUAUGUUGGAUGUGGUAGAGAAAGAUUUCAAGCUUUGCCAUACUGGAAGAAUCCUAAAGUUCCUGAGGAUGUUCGGCGGAGUUAUUCUGACUCAACUGCACUUCUACAGAAGUCCCCCGCCAAAAAGAAGCAAGGCCACGUGGGAUCCUCACCAUAUAUUCAGUCUCCCAUACAGCCACCAAAACAAAGAGAAAGAGAGACAGAAAGAGAAAGAGGAGGAGGAGGAGGAGGAGGAGGAGGAGGAGGAGGAGGAGGAGAUAGGCCUUCAAUUUAUUUUGCAAGAUCCAAGAAGGCAAGUCCUGAAAGGGCUCCUACAACACUGUCAUCUGAUGAUGGACAUAGUGUCUAUAAAGCUGGUAAGCACCGAAGUGAAUUUGAAGGGGCUAAAGAUAUACCAGACGAUAAAGAUGUGCAAGUGGACCUACCUAUUGAGCAGGCUCCAGCUGAGGUUGUCCAUGAUGAGGAUGUAUAUUCCAAUGUUGAGCAUUUAGAAGAAAAGCUUGAGGAAGAUUUUGCUAGUGUGAAAUCUGAAGUGAAGAAGGAGAAAAAAAAAGGCGUUUUCAAAAAAAUGUUUGGAUUCUUUUUCAGUAAAUCAAAGAAGAAAGAUGGGCGAGAGGUAGCAGUUGGUGUAGCUACAGCCACAUCAUCAAGUAAUAGCAGUGCCAGUAAUAUUAAUGCAGCUGCUCCACAACAAUCGUCUGCUACUAAAGUGUCCAAACAUGUGCCUACAAAGAAUGCCAGUAAUAUCAGUGCAGCCCCUCCACUACAAUCCUCUGUUACUGAAGUACCCCAAACUAUGUCUACAAAGAAUGACAGUGAGGAAACUGAGGGAGGCAUGGAUGGCAUUGAUUCACUAGAGACAAAGGGAGAGGAUGCACCACCAGAUUUGGUAUCCAAGAACAAGAUAGGGCAUACUGAUGAACAAGAGAAUGCUCUAGACUCUACCUACAACACACCGCAACCUGAGCUGAUGCAGAAGAUAAGUGAAGACCUAAAUGUGGCUGGGCAGGAUGGUGAGUCAUCAUGUGCUAAGUUGUUCAGGAUAUUGUGCCGUGCUGUAUGUAGGAGAACAUAUGAGAUACCACUGGUGUUGUGUGUCCUUAAUUGCUAUAGAGAGACUAGAAGCAUCAUAGUUGCUUUGCAGUUGUGUGGAAUAAUUUGGAACUAGGAUUUUUUGUACAGGCAGCAUGCAGUGGGCACUAGCACUGUAAGUUGUGGUUUGCUGCACUAAGCUACUGGUGUAAGGUGAUCAUGUAGUUGCUUAUGUGCAGUUGCUUAGUCUGGUCGCUUAUGUGUGAGAUUGGAAACCAUGUAACAGGGCAGUGUGCAUCUCUCAUAUCUUCUGCCCAUCUUUUAUCCCUUACAGUUCAGAUAAUAAAAGCAGGAUUCCAUCCUUUGCACAAGGACUGACAUCUCAUGGAUAAUAUGGCAUAUCAGGAUUGACAUGGAUAACUGAGAUGGGCCUCAAUUUAUUGUGGCAGGGAAUGCUGGGAGUUGUAGUUGCAACAUCUGGCAGACCCCACAUUAAGAACCAUUGGUCUAGGCAAUCAAACAGCUGUUAUCUCAUUGAAACCUGAUACUUUUGGUCCCAUUUGAGCAAUAAUGUUAGGAACAUAGGAAGCUGCCAUAUACUGAGUCAGACCAUAGGUCCAUCUAGGUCAGUAUUGUCUUCACAGAAUGGCAGUGGCUUCUUCAAGGUUGCAGGCAGGAAUCUUGGAGAUGCCAGGGAGGGAACUUAGGACAUUCUGCUCUUCCCAGAGCGGCUCCAUCCCCUAAGGGGAAUAUCUUACUUACAUCUCUGUUUUCCAUUGUUCCCUGUGAAGUCCCCCACUCUGGAAUACCCAGGCUUCCUCUGCACGCCCACUUCUGCCCCAGUGGCCUCAGAAUUCCAAUAGAGGGAGAGGGGAGGUUGCACCACCUGGGUCCCCUUCUCCUCUCUUCCUACCGUGCCUGGUACAGAUUCACAGGGCUUGUAAGCACUUUAGCCCUCAUCUGUUUCCAAUCCCUCAUCAUUGGCCUUUCUCCCCUUAAGUAGCUUGACACAGGCCUUACAACUCUUAUUAGGGCGGGGCCCUGACUGGGACUAAUAGUGAGUUCUUGCAAGAGCCGCGAGUCCUGCCGCCUCAUCUCUGUCCCUACCCCACCCUGACAGGGCCAGAAGGGGCUAUGGCCAGCUGCCAGGGCCGGCAUGUGAACUGCCACAAUAUCAGUGGGCAAUCUAUAUGCACAAAGGAACUGUUGACAUAUUUGACCUUCAAGCAACAUCAUUUGGGACUUAUGAAUUGGAAAUUAUCUCUCUCACAACUCUUUUAAAAUUUUGUGUGUUUCAUCAUUGUAUGCAAAUUUGUUACAGGAGGUUCAACUGAUAGUUGUGUUAAAACAUUCAUAUAUUUGGUUAAUUGUAAAUGUUAUCAGAUUUAUUGUAUUGUAAUUUUAGUAAAAAAAAAACUUUUGACAUAACUUUUAUGCAGAAUUAUUCAUUCAUUCAUUCCAUUUCUAUACCGCCCAUCCAAAAAUGGCUCAGGGCAGUUAUCUUACAUGAUGUGUGUGUGAACAGAUUGUUAUACAUGGAUAUAUAUAUUUAUAUGUAUAUGGUCUGCUUCCACAAUAUCAAUGGGCGACACUGGGAAGCCUGUGCAUAGCCACGGAUGGGCCUGAUUGUCGCCAAGGACAAGUCUCUUCCCUCCCCCCUUGUCCUCGCGUUGCGACUCCCAACACUCCCUUAUUCAAUAAAUGUUUGUCUUUAUGGUUCCGCCCUUAUCCAUCUGUGCUUUUUGGAUGUUUUAGAUCUUGGCAUGUUUUAGAUCUGCCAAGCACUAUUUUAGAUCUAGACUCUGUCCACAUCUGUACAGUAUUGUAUCUAUGGGAUCUUUAGACCAAGGGCUAACCUAUGCAUUAGAUCAGGGUGAUAACAACAAAGCGAAACAAGACAGGCUUCUAGCAAAUAACAGUGGCUGACAUACAAAGCAAGAGAGCAGCCUAACAGCACUUUCCAACCAAUUGUACUGGUGCAGUGGGCAAGUGGCAAUUUUUUAUUCUUCCCUUAUCCGGGAAGCCCUGUGUGUCACUCAAAAAUAAGCCCCCGAGGGCUGCGCAGCUCUCAGGCAACUUUCCUGAGAUCCAUUUUGGAACUAUGGAAAUGUGUUUCAGUGGUCAUUUUGAUCACAGAAAUUGACUUAUACUUGUUGCAUUUAGGCCGGAGACAUACUAUAAGUCAUGGGCUCCACAUACUCUAGCACUUCUCCCAUUUCAUUGGUCUAGCCAAUCUAUUUGUUUUUCUUGUCUCAAAAUAUCUGAACACUGGGCUUUUGCCCUACUAUGUUGCUUUUUAUGGUUAGUGCUCAUGCUAGAGUGACAAGCGCAUUGGAUAUUAAUAGAUAGGAGAUGUUCACUUUAGCCCAUCAAGUUUGCUCACCAUUGGUUUUUGGGCUGAUCUUUUCUAACCAUAAUGAAAGUGCAUCCUAUUCAAAAUUUCUUUCAGUUUGUCAGUAGAGAAGGGCUUUCUCUUUGGCUAGGUUUAAUGUUAUACCAUCCAAACAUCUUGAUGGUCAUUUUAAGGCAUUGGAAGGCAUUGUGGUUAUGUUACAUGGUUAUGUCACAAGGUUAUGACCAUGUGAGUUGGACGAGAUUGAAUUCUUGGUUCAUAUAUACUUCUUUAUUGUAAAUUCUACUCAGACACAAGGGAGAAUUUGUUGUUCCUUUUGAUUAGGGCAUUGCCUGGAACAUCUGAUGAAUGCUUACUUCCUUUCUGAAUAAAAUAGGGAUAACUCUUUGGUUACAUUGUCAAUGGCAAAUUUUUAAACAGUGUGAUCAAGACCAGACCUGUCUUAGUGAGAGCUUUCUGAUAUUUGUUCUAUGGUUGUGGUUUUCUGGACUGCACAGAUGGUCAUUGGACUAAUACAGUUCUGAUGAUGCUGAUGAUGACUGUUUUUACCCAUGUUUUUGUUUUGUGUGUUUUCUGAUGGCCCUGUUAGAAAUGCACAUGCUGCUGCACACCUUACAUACUUGUCUGAUGGGUAGACUGGAACACAACUCCAGUUCUUGGUUGUGUGAGCAUGUCCUUCACACCUGCAUCAAACUGAACUGGCUCAUUCCCUACGACUACUCAUUGUCUUUGGGACAUGGGACCCCCCCGCCCCCCACUUCCCCUAUAGAACUUAACUUUUCUGACUGUCAGCCUUUCUUUCACAUUCCCAGACAUUUCUCUUGGAUUGAUAAUGAGCACAUUAUGUCUAAACACUUGAUCUGAGAUGCUAAAACAGCCCACAGUUAAUUUUAUAAUACCCAAUUCUCACUGCUAUAUUAGAACUGCUAAAUCAUGUAACAAAACCCCCCAGCUAUUUACCCUUCCUCUCACAUAUAGCUUUCAUUUCCUGGUUGAUUAGCUUUUGGUAGAUUUCCGGGUAUCGUGAAUAUAAUGCAAAAUGCA